AUGGAAAAAAGUAAGGCUUUUUCUUGUGUGGAUCCAAAUCUAUGUAAUCAUUUCCCUCCAUGCCUUAAAGAUGCCAAACAUCACUUUUCAUCCACCAAUUCAGAAUCCAACCCAAAUCCCUUUUCUUCUCUCUCCAACGGGAACGCGCCUGCUUUACAAGAUUUCGAUUUCCAGAGAAAACUUGCUUUUUUGAAUCGAAAACGCCAACUCGACCGUGCUGUCCCAUCGCAACCUCCCAUGGAUCCUCGUCCUCUGUUUGCCUCUCCUUCCCACGACGACAAGGAUGCCAAUUCAAAAUUGUCAGCAUUUUCUCCGCGUUUGCCUCCCGUAGACCCUCUUCCCUUUGGCGAACGAGAAGACAUCAAGAAAGAAGGCACUACUCCCCUUCCUUCCUACGCUUCAGCUGCUUCCCAUGAGCAAAAACAACCGCAACGUGAGAAGGAUGAUCCAAUUAUCGUCAUCAGUGACUCUGAAGAAGACGAGAAACCAUCUAUUGUUGAAUCUACGCCUGUCGUGAAGGAUGAAAAGCAAGCCGUUCCCACCUCCCCAUACGAUAUUCCCAACGAGGUAAUUGAAACCGGCUACAAACGCCCACGGCUGCAUUCCAACGACAACAAAGACCAUAUGCUUGAUGUCAAGCCUUCUUGGACUGGAACCUCUGGAAGCGCUCCCCAGUCCAUCUUGUGGGAUGGGGGAACCAAUGAAAAUCCCAUUUCCCUCACCGACGAUGAAGACGAAGCUCACUUUAAUCAACUCCUCGCCGAUGCUUCUGUAAGCAUGGAUGCUCCUCAUCAUCAGCUACCCUUCUAUUCUGACUCUUCCACUUCCUUUCCCGAUCUUCCCAAUCCUUCUUCGUUUCAAGCUUUUCCGCCCCAGCAUCCAUGGGGUGUUCCUCCUCCUCCUUUGGUUCUGCAUCAACCCCAUCUUUUCCAAGACCACACGUCUUUGACCCAGAAAGAACAGCUAAAAGAGCUUUUCAAAGACUUAGACGAUCAGCUCGAAAGCUUUCCGCAAGCUCGCGAAGGGACACCAGCUGGCUUGGUGCCUGUGCUUAUGGAGCACCAAAAGGAGGGAUUGGCCUGGCUUAAGAAAAUGGAAGAAAGUACUAAAAGGGGUGGCGUCCUUGCUGACGAUAUGGGUUUGGGUAAAACAGUACAAAUACUGGCAUUGCUGGUAUCCAGGCCUUCCAACGAUCCCAAGACCAAGACAACUUUGAUUGUCGCUCCCGUGGCCUUGAUCCAACAAUGGCGCAGAGAAAUCAUUGCAAAAAUAAAACCUUCUAUGCGUCCAAGCAUAUACGUACACCAUGGUCAAUUAAAGAAACACAGAUCAGCUGAAGAACUUACGAAUUACGACGUCGUCCUAACUACUUAUAAUGUGAUCGCUUAUGAGUAUCGACACCGAAUGGCUUACGAACAGAGUUUAGCGGAAGGUGCACCUAUUGAAAAAUUUGAACAUCUACCUUUUUUCGAAGCCAAUUGGUAUCGCGUUGUUUUGGAUGAAGCUCAGACAAUAAAAAACAGAAAUACCCUUUCUGCCAGAGGUUGUUGCUUACUGCAAUCUACCCUUCGAUGGUGUCUCAGUGGUACGCCUAUGCAAAAUGGUAUAGAAGAAUUUUAUAGUUUGGUCAAGUUUUUAAGGAUCCAACCUUAUUGCGAUUGGUCCCAUUUUUCAAGAGACUUUGCUGGUCGACUAAACCAAGAAUCUGAUUCAUCCAGAGCUAUGAAGCGCUUUCGUGGGCUAAUCAAGGCUGUUUUACUUCGCCGAACAAAGACUACGAAAAUUGACGGGAAGCCUAUUCUUACACUUCCUCCGAAAACCGUGCGAAAGGAAGAAUCUGCUUUAUCAAAGCCUGAGAUGGAGUUUUAUAAUGCUUUACAAGCAGGUGCUCAAAUUCAAAUGAGAAAGUAUAUGCAAGAGGGUACCGUCACAACUCAUUACGGAAGCAUUUUAGUCUUGCUACUUCGACUUCGACAAGCUUGUUGUCAUCCUUGGUUACUGGUAGCAAGACAAACGACCGAUGAUGAUAAUGAUAGUUUUCAAAAAGAGGCCAGAAGUUUAUAUAAUAAGCUUUCGGGUGAAGCUCUAAAUCGUUUGAAGACUACCGAAAUGUUGCGAUGCUCUGUAUGCCAAGACUAUGUUUUGGAUCUUCAAAUUAUUAUUCCAUGUGGCCAUUUCGUUUGCCGUGAGUGUUUGAGUCAUCUCAUCACGUCUAGUGAAGUUGCGGCUCAGAGAGAUGCUACGGAAGAAGCAAACCCAAAAUGUACUAUUUGCUUUGAGUACAUAGUCCCAGAUAACUUUAUAAGCUACAAUCUUUUUCGGCGUUUUGCUGGAAUGACACCCAUCAUAGGCUCGGAUAAUAAAUUGAAAACUGAUCGACUUGCUGAAUUAUUGCCGCAGGGAUAUAAUAAUAUUUUGGAGAAUCGCGAACUAGGAAUGAAUAUUUUUACGAACCCCUACAACUGGAUUACGUCUACCAAAAUUGACAAAGCCGUGGGCGAAAUAACUUCUAUCUUAAAAGAACAUCCGCAAGACAAAAUUUUAGUGUUCUCUCAAUUUGUCUCAUUCUUAGAAUUGUUCACUGUUCCACUUCAGCAGAAUAACGUUCAGUUCAUACACUAUCAUGGUGGACUAAGUCCUACCGCUCGAAAUGAAGCUAUCUUGCAAUUCGAAACCGAUACAAACAGCAGCGUGCUAUUGAUUUCAUUGAAGGCAGGAAAUGUUGGACUAAAUUUAACGUGUGCUAAUCACGUACUUGUUUUGGACCCAUUCUGGAAUCCUUAUAUUGAAGAGCAAGCUAUUGAUCGCGCACAUCGAAUCGGUCAGAGUAAGCCCGUUAAUGUUUUAAAGAUUACAGUGAAUAAUACAGUGGAAGAGCGAGUACUUGCUUUGCAGGAGAAAAAAAGAGAAUUAAUUGAUAGCGCGUUAGGCGAGAAGGGCUUACGGGAAAUUUCACGCUUAAACACAAAGGAGCUGGCCUUCUUGUUUGGUAUGUAA